UCUGCGUGCCUGCAGCGACAUCAACAGCACAGCACAAGCAGCACGCACGCACGCACGCCUGGCGGCUGCGAGCACCUGUCGGUCUCGGCUGCACGCGCAAGGAUACCAUUCGGAGCGAGAUUUGCUGGCUUCCACAGCAGGCACGCUCGCCGUGCCCGCCUCAUCAUCAGUCGCUCUCCCACAUCACGCAUCUCAUCCAGCUGAACGUAAGCGCACGAUUCAGCGAUGCCAGCGGCCGCGUCAGCUCGGCAUCUGGGUCGACAAGACAGCGAGACCCCAUCACCCAGUGCGCACGCGUCAAAACGCGCGGCAAACGGGACGCUGCCGCAACCCCAGCGAAGAGAGCCGCUCGGACCUUUCAACCGCGCGCAAGCACACCCAAAGAUGGUCAGCAGUAGCAGCGGGACGCCGCCACCGCCUCGAAAGGGCAACGGUCCGAGGAGGUCAGGCAUACCUCGUCGGGUCUCUCAGGCUGCCAGCAGAGGAUUGAUCCUGAACGAGACAGACGAUGAGGACAACGACGACAAGGAAAAUUCGCAGGACGUGUCUGGCGACUUGACCCUCACGGAUCUGAGAAGCCCGCCACCUGUCGCUCCAUCUCGCCCAAACGCUUCCAAGCCACGCCUUCCAGGAGGAGCUUCAGGACUGAGCAAGUCUAGAAUGGCUUCAGUCUCAGCGUCCAGAAGGGGAGGAGAUGCUCCUGGUGGCCCCUCUUCGGAUGCCAACGCUCACGCUGCCUCAGGCAACGAUCUCACCUCAUCGCGUCGCACAGGAGGCGUCGCUGCUCUGGCUAGAUCCCAUGGACCCCGCCGCAGCCUGGGAGCGAGCUUGAACGCUGCUGCGGCAGCGAGCGAUGCUGCCCAUGCAGGGGCCGCAAAGGAGGUGGUCAAGCUAAAUGUCGACUCGACCAGCUUUGAAGAGUGGAUGAAGAUGGCUACGGAUAAUAAAAUCAAUUCGACCAACACGUGGUCCUUUGCCCUCAUCGAUUACUUUCACGACAUGUCGCUGCUGCGGUCAGACACGGGCGAUGGGACCAUCAACUUUCAGAAAGCGUCAUGUACCCUGGAUGGAUGCAUCAAGGUUUGGACAUCCCGAGUGGACAGCGUGGUCGUCGAGACAGGCAAGUUGCUGUCUGGCUUGCAAGAUGACGUGGAGGGCAAGAAGGGUCGCUCCGGAAAGGACGGCGAUGACGAAGAAGGCGAGGAUGGCGAAGAGGAUGAGGGGAGCGGAGCUGGCGGAAAGAAGAAAAAGCGCAGCAAAGCUAAAGAGGCAACGUUGGUCAAGUCUUUCAACCAGAUUGCUGCUAAGCGCCUCGACUUGGAAUUCACUGUAGAUCCUCUGUUCAAGAAGACGAGCGCAGACUUCGACGAAGGUGGAGCUGGAGGGUUGCUCAUGAAUCACCUCGGCGUAGAUGGCAAAGUUCGAAUCGUAUUUGAUGCUGGCGAUGUAGCCGACGUGACCGACGGUGCCGAAGAACAAGUGGCCGAAGAUGUUUCCGAGAGGGAAAAGACGCCGAUGCCGGAAACAGAAGCUCAGCAAGAAGGCGUCCGCGUGGAGGAUUCAGUGGACCUCGAAAGUCUUCGCGUUACCCUGUUUGGCGAAGAUGAAGCUGUGUAUGCCGAAGGCGACAGUGCCCUGGGCGCCCUGAUCAAUCACCGCACUGUAUGCCCAACGUUUUCCGCUUUCCGCUUUGCAGCUGAUGACGACACGCCGUUUGGAGCGCUCGCAUCUCACUAUCUUGGCUCUGAAGGUCACCAACCCGCCGAAGACGACGGACUGGGAUCCAUUCCGCCAGACAGCGUUGAAGGAGACUUUGGCGGCUUUGACGAUGGCCCCGACGACUUUGGCGGAGAGGGUGUGGACGUCUUCGGUUCUGGAGGGGGAGAGGCAGAUGACGGGGAGUACGACGACAUCUUCGGCAAUGCUGCACCUGGGGCGAGUCAGGGUGUUGGGGGCCACCUUCUUCAUGGAGGCGAUGAGGAUGGAGCACAUCCCUACACCGUGGCCGGUCCAAGCGGUCAAGGCGCUGGCUUUGGGUCUAGUCCUGCUGGCCCGGGAGAUCGAGGUCUGCAGCUCGCGUUCAAGAACGCAGAAGAUGCCGAUGGAGAAGGCGCUGCGGAAGGAGACAUGUUCGAUUACUUUGAUCGGCAACUCACCAAGAAUUGGGCGGGGCCAGAGCAUUGGAAGAUGCGCAAAGGAGUGUUUGGCAGCGUUGCUGGCAAAGAUGGUGAUGCUACAGCAACAGCAGCCAAGACAGUCAAGAAAGUCAAAGAGCCUUUCAUCAUUGACUUUUCCUCUCCCGAGGGAGCUGUCUCGAGCUCUGACAUUUUCGAAGCGGCCAAGGGAGGCGCAGGAAUCAUGCUGCCGCGCACACAGCAAGACGAUCUUCAUCUACUCCCCGAAGACAGGCAUUUCAGCAGUCGAGAGCUGCUGAGACUGGCCAUCAAACCCAGGGCAAUACUCAACCUCCGAAGACGAGGAGCGCGAGUCGCUCAAGUGAACGAAAGCGAUCUGCUGCAUCCAGCCGAUGUUGACGAGCAAUUCUGGGCCGCAGCGGCUGCAGAGCGUGAGCAGAAUCUCGCUUCCGGUGGCGAGUUUGAUGGAGAUGCGCCCGGUCAGUUCUACGAUGAUGAUGGCGCAUUCGACGCGAUGGACGGAGGCGAUGUUCAAAUGGACCUGGCGGAGGCGGAAGAGGAGGGCAUGCUCUUGCCGACGCAGGCACUCAAGAAGAUCAGACCAGAGAUGGUCAACUAUGCGAAAAAGGCAAAACGCGUGGAUGUCAAGAAGCUCAAAGACAACAUCUGGAAAGAGCUUGCCCUCGAGCUUGUGGAGGAUUUGGAUGCAGGAUCAUCCACGGAUGACGAGGACGGUCCCUCCACGCCAGGCAAGGCGGAUCGUAAGCCCGUGAUGAAGCAAGAACCGAGAACGUUUGCAACCGUCAUGGACGGUCUCAAAAAGUCGUACACCAAAGACCGGCUAGAUGAGAUCAGCACCUCAUUCUGCUUCAUCUGUCUACUGCAUCUGGCAAACGAAGAAGGUCUGACGCUGGUGCCGAGCAAAGAGGACGCUGCGCGCGGUGCAGGUGUCAAAAGGGAAUCUUCGCCUAGCCUCUCGACGUCGAAGGAAGCUGCUAGGUUAGCAGCAGGCCGAAGAUCGGACGGAUUGGAUGAUCAGAGGAUGAACGAAAUGUUCGACAAAUUGAAGGCUGCAGGUGCUGGUGUUGUGGAUGAUGAUGAGGAGGAGGAGGAGGAUGAGGAUCGGAUACAUGACGGAGAUGAUAAGGAUGUGGCAUGGCUUUACAGCCUCAACAUAGAUCGAGAUCCCACCGCCGAACGAUCAGCAUGAAGAGCGCACACCCUCCCACCCCCCUCCUUCCCACAUCUCUCCUCUUAUAUCGGGCCGCACUACACCGUCAACAUGCUUGCUUCAUCAAAUGGCCUAAAAUUUUCUCGUCCAGCUGCUCCGUCUUGCACCGACACCCCCACGUCAAUCUCGCCUCGCCUUGUACACGUCCGUCAAACCUCCCAUCCUGCCCAACUCCUCAACGAUGCA